AUGCCAAAUACAAAGUCAAAGCUUUCCAUAGCUAUACAACAGGCAGAUGUAUUAGAACAAGAGCAGCAGCAGCAACAGCAACAGCAGCAUCAGCAGCAACAGCAACAGCAACAGCACCAGCACCAGCACCAUCGCACAUACAGCCAUCACACUUCAUAUUCUUGUAAUACUACUACUAAUAAUGAGCCACCAUUUCUGCAACAGAAACAGCGACAUCAUUUACGUACGAAAAGUGGCACUUUUCUACAAUCCGGCCAUCAGUCAUCAGUAACAUCAGCAACAACAAGUAACGAAAAUAGUAACAAUGGGAACUCUGGCGGUUUACUGACCACCAGGUAUCGGUCAUCACACAUGAAAUCCAGCACCGCUCAUCAUACCACAACAACAUUGUCAACUUCCACACCAACAAAUUCUUCAUCAAUAAUUCACAAUUUUAGUAAUUUGACCAAGAGCAAUAACGAGUACUUGAGUAAAGACAACUUGUGUGUAAUCAAUGAUAAACUAAAUUUGAAAGGGUUCUCUAGAACUCAGAAUGGGCUAACUAGCUUCAAGCCAAUACCCAGUCCUUCACUAUUACCCAAUUUGAUACAACAUAGCACUCCAUAUGUUUCAACAACUCCGUCGUCAGCAAAACAUUUCAAGCCAGAAUUGUCGCCUUUGAAAACCACGUUGGAUGAUGAGAAAAAGAGCUCUUUUAUUGACAAUAACGAUAAAGAUAAGGAUAAAGAUGGUUCUUGGUUAGGCCAUAAAGAUUUUAGCGCAAACGAAAGUUUUGAUGAUAGUGAGCAAGGACUAGAAGUGAAAUCAAAGGGAACUCAAUAUCAUUUGCACCAUCAUUAUUAUCAAGAUAUGGAACUUGAAGAGUCAAGAAAGAAACAGAAACUACGUGAAGAACAUGCAUUUGAACGGGCGAAAAAAGCCAACCUUGAAAACAAGAAAGAUGGCCUAGACGUAGCGAUGAGUAACGAUGGUUCAGAAACUGAACUAGAAGGAGACAAAAGGGAAGAACGAAGAGUAGACGGUCUCGACGACGACGACGACGACGACGACGAUAAUGAUGAUGAGGAUGAGGAUGAGGAUGAGGAUGAUGACGAGCCCAUGAACCCUACAGAUGAGGAGAAUUUGCAAGAUUACGUUCCUGGAGGUUAUCAUCCAUGCUACAUUGGAGAAGAAUAUAAAAACGGAAAAUACACCCUUGUUCGUAAAUUAGGCUGGGGCCAUUUCUCUACGGUAUGGCUCGCCAGAGAUAACGAUAAGCAAUGCCAUGUUGCUAUAAAGGUAGUCAGAUCAGCUAGACAUUAUACCGAGACUGCUGUAGACGAAAUCAAAUUAUUGGACAAGGUUACAACUUGUGAUAUACACCAUCCAGGACAUCAACAUGUUAUACAGUUACUUGACACUUUUACGCACAAGGGACCAAACGGUGUACAUGUCGUUAUGGUUUUUGAAGUAUUAGGAGAAAAUCUACUCGGGUUGAUUAGAAGGUACAAACAUAAAGGGAUUCCUGUUGUAUUUGUUAAACAAAUUGCCAAGCAAUUACUUUCGGCAUUGGAUUUCUUACACAGAUGCUGUGGAGUUAUCCACACUGACUUGAAACCUGAGAAUAUACUUAUUGAAAUUGGAGAUGUUGAGCAGAUUGUGCGUAUAGUCGAGCAAGAGAAUCUUAAACGCAAAUUACUGAAGAAGCUACUGAGGUCGUCUAAGAACUCAACUCCUAGCAGCUCUUAUACUCAAAAUUCAGCUUCUAAAGACGGGAAAACUGGGGACAAAAUGGGAACUAUCACGUCUCCGUCAAGUCAAAUAUUAUCCCCUUCAUUAGGCAGAAGUGGUCGCAGGUCAAGAAGGCAAACUUUGAUAACUGGAUCACAGCCAUUACCCUCCCCAUUGAGAACAUUCAAUAAAUCGUUUACAAAUAUUUAUGGGUUCUCUACGACCACAUCAAACACACCGGUCAAGAGCCUUAGUAUGAAUACAAAUCUAAACAACAGCGCAACAUUAGCCAUACCACUAGAAACAACAACUGAACGUCAUGAUGAGGACAAUGACAUUGAAGAAGCAGCACUAAACAAUUCCUUAUCCUCAAUGUCAAUGACAAACUCCAACUCCUACCAAGCAGUAAGUGUUGAUCCGGUACAAAUUCCCAAUGAUUCGAAUUAUAGAUUAGAUGAUACUUCCGCUAAAGUGGAUGAUGUCAUAAAUGAAGAUGAGUUGAUUUCCGUGAAAAUAGCAGAUUUGGGAAAUGCAUGUUGGACAGACCAUCAUUUCACUGAUGAGAUUCAGACACGCCAGUAUAGAUCUCCAGAGGUACUAUUGGGAUACCAUUGGGGUUGUUCUAGUGAUUUAUGGUCUUUUGCAGCAUUGAUAUUUGAGCUCCUCACUGGUGAUUACUUAUUCGAUCCGCGAGAUGGCAAAUCUUACUCCAAAGAUGAUGAUCAUAUCGCUCAAAUUAUUGAAUUACUUGGGAACUUUCCUCGUAUGAUGUUGAAGGAGUCAAUUUAUGCCCGUGAUUUCUUCACUUCUCGCCACGAGUUGAAAAGAAUAACCAAAUUGAAGCCAUGGGGCUUAAAGGAUAUUUUUGUUGAAAAGUACAAAUUCUCCAUUCUGGACUCAAUUGAAAUGGCAGAUUUCCUUUUGCCCAUGUUGGCCUUGAAACCUGAAGAUAGAGCAGAUGCUGGUGGAAUGCUUAACCACCCUUGGCUUCGAGACGCUUUAGGGUUGGAAAACGUGGUUUUAGAAAGACCCGUUGGGGGUCUGGGUGAGGAUAUUCCAGGUUGGUCUAAGGAAAUCUCUACUGCUACUACUACUACAGCAACUGUUAAUACUACUGGUACUGCUGCUACAACAGUUGGUGUUGGUGUUGGUGGUGGUAACCACCUGGUGGCAUCUUCAUCCUCCUCCUCUUUUUCUUCUUCUGCACCAAAGCAGUACAACUUUCACUGA